CCGCACGUCCGCCGGAAGUGUCCGGAGGAGAGCCUGGGAGCCGGCUCACCCUCGCGCCGGUGGUAUCUCGAGCUUCGCGUUUUGAGUAGGAGUCGCCACUCUUCUACCAGGAUCAUGGUGUUCUACUUCACCAGCAGCAGUGUUAAUUCGUCUACUUACACUAUUUACAUGGGAAAGGAUAAAUAUGAAAAUGAAGAUCUGAUAAAGUACGGCUGGCCUGAAGACAUUUGGUUUCACGUGGACAAGCUCUCUUCGGCUCAUGUAUACCUACGAUUACAAAAGGGAGAGAAGAUAGAAGACAUUCCAAAGGAGGUUCUGAUGGACUGUGCCCACCUCGUGAAGGCCAAUAGCAUCCAAGGCUGCAAGAUGAACAACGUUAAUGUGGUUUACACGCCAUGGUCUAACCUGAAGAAAACUGCCGACAUGGAUGUGGGGCAGAUAGGCUUUCACAGGCAGAAGGACGUAAAGAUUGUAACAGUGGAGAAGAAAGUGAAUGAAAUCUUGAACCGAUUAGAGAAGACCAAACUGGAGAAGUUUCCAGACCUCGCAGCAGAGAAAGAAGGCAGAGACCGUGAAGAGAGGAAUGAGAAGAAGGCCCAGAUUCAGGAAAUGAAAAGGAAAGAGAAAGAAGAAAUGAAGAAGAAAAGGGAACUGGAUGAGCUUAGGAGCUACUCGUCACUAAUGAAAGUUGAGAAUAUGUCCUCAAAUCAAGAUGGUAACGAUUCCGAUGAGUUCAUGUGAGCUGAGCAAAAGACCCUGGGAAGACGUGAAUGUGCAGACCAUUACAGAGCUUUUGAUUUCAUCUAGGUUCUGAAUUACAGAAACCAACCAACCAAAAUUCUACCUUCAUUCUACAUAGACAUUAUUGGGUUUUGGAGUUUUUUUUAAAAAAAAGUCAUCUUUUUGCUGAUGAAAAGAACAGAUGUAUAAUAUAGCUGAACUUAAAGACAACUUAUAAGUUUAGGAAAAGGAGAAUAUUUUUUGGCAGAACAUACGUCAGUACCUCAUGAAGGCUGGCAGCCUUUGUUUAUGAGACAGACAUUGGAGCAGACCGACUCUGGAAAGUGUUUCUGUGGCUGUUGUCUGUCCUGGGAACAGACGUCAUGAAAUGGGUUUCCUAUUUCUAAAAUAUCUACUUGUGUGAAGAAGACAGUUGGUGGCUCACCCAGGCCAGGGCCCUCCUGACGAUGGUUUCCUGACUAGAAGAAAGGCACGUGGGUUUGAAGGCAGCAGAAGUGCUUUCCUAACUUGGAGUUCAGUAUUGGCAAGUUCUCUGCUGGCCCAGCUCUUAGCUUAUUCCGAGGGUUCUGUUCUCGCUCUUGUGAGGUGAGGCCCAUCUCAGCACUGUAGUUCCAGAGCUGAUCUUGACCAAGCUUGGGAACUCAUCACCCAAAGUCACAAGUGAUCCAAGCCGCAGAUGUGACAACUAGACUCUGAAGCCAUUUGUGUGUGUGGAGGGAGACAGGAAGGGGUGCUCUGCUAGUCAUGAGGCUGACACAGGUUGCCUCAUGAUUGUCUUGAGUGUAUCAUGAAACAAAAGUCCACCAUGGAUUGCAAGCUUUAGAAAGAAUCAGGCAUUUUCCUAGCCAGCCAAGGCAUCUGUUUCCUUACUUAGGAAUAAUAUUUAUGUCGAAUCGUAACCCCACAGUUGUAGGUUCUGUGACUUCACAUGUAUGUAGCAUACAUACUGGUCUGAGCCACCUGCUCUCCAGUAGGUACCUUUCUGUUACAGUGUUUAAGGGAGCCCUGUAGAGACUCUGCAGGACAGUGAGAGAGCAAAGCCCGCAGGGUAGUGGGCAUGCAGGUCCAUGGUCUAGCAUCCCACACAGCCCUGGGGUGCCAAGCCAGUAGAAAUGAUUUCUUCAGCAAAUGUACCAGCUGUCACCACUGACGUAUGGGCAAAACCAGACCAAUGAUCCUUGAUAUUCCAAGUUGAGUAUGAGUUGAACUGGAAUAUCCCCUAAGGCAUAACUUGUUAGCCAAUUUGAGGAGAGCAAAUUUGAGGGGUAUGAAAGUCAGCACCAGAGAUCAGUGAGAGAGAGAGAGCGUGUGUGUGUGUGUGUGUGUGUGUGUGUGUGUGUGUGUGUGUGUGUGUGUGUGUGUGUGACAGAUUUAGACUGGGUUCUGUGAUUUAAGAAAAUUAUAAUAAAGUAUCAUUUUUAUCAGAAA